AUGGCGAACUCCACCUUCACCGGCCACCCGUCCGUGGACCAGGCGUGCUACACCCUGUCGGAGGCCGGAAACUGCAGCGGUGGCAACCCCAACGGCAGCCAUAACACUAAUCACACUAACAACAAUAGUAAUAGUAACAAAUGUAGUGAUAAUACUAAUACGACGACGAACGGCGUGUCGCGCGGGCCUGCUCCGGCGGCGGCGGCGGCAGCCGCCCACUUUUCUGCCGCGUGGCCGCGGAACGGCAGUGUGGGUGGGCAGGGGUACAGCAACAUUGUGCCCUCGUCGACGAACGGGGCGGCGCGCGGGCCGGCAACGACGGCUGCCGUGGAGGGCGACACGGCGGGCGCCGGGAGUGCGGGCUGCAUGGGCGUGGAAGACGACGACAGUGAGGCCGACGACGGAGCGGAAAAACGGGCCUGCUCCUCCAACGAGGUGCCGACGCCCGAGACGUGCACCGACACGACCCCGACGACAACCGCGGAUGAGGGGUUCGGGCAAACACACGAGGAGGGGCCGCGGCAGGAGCAGCGGCAGCGGGGGUGCGAGUUCGCGCGCGACGCCGCGACGCCCCCAAGUCACCACCGAGAGGGCGCCAGUGGCGCAGAGGUGUCGGGGAACAGCGCCCAGGGCGUUGCUGCAGCUGGCGGUGCCGCGGAGGCGGAGGAAGACGUGGGUGACGCGUCCUACCUGGCGGUGGCGUUGCCAGUCGUCCACAGGCCGCUGCCGUCCCGGGUGGAUGUGGCAACUGCGCGGGUGGCCGUGACGCUGUUUUUGGAGCACCUCUGCGAGGAGAACAAGGCGGAGCCGGUGCUCACCUCGGAAUUCCACUCCCACCUCCUUCCCCCGAUCUCCGUGGAGUCGUACCUGGACCGCAUCGUGCACCACGGCAGCGUUGCUGGGGAGACGCUCAUUGUGAGUCUGAUGCUGCUGCUGAAGUGCUCCCACUUCAUCAAGCACCCCGUUAGCAUCUACAACGUGCAUCGCCUCAUGAUUACCAGCGCGCUGCUCGGGGCGAAGCUUCGGGAAGACUUCUACUUAAGCAACGAGUACUACAGCCACAUUGGGGGCAUCAGCAACGCGGAGAUGAACAAACUUGAGCUGCGCUUUUGUGACUGGCUGGAGUGGGACAUUUGGGUUGAGGAGGCCGAGUACGCCGCGCUGGAGGCGCUGCUCCUGCGGCUCGUGACGGACGUCACAGCCAACGCGGCGGGCGCCGAUGAGGCGACGCGGCGGAGCGCACAACACGACUUCUGGGUGGCGCAGCUACGGCCGUGGAAGGAGCGCUUUGAGGCUGCCUCCGUGCGCCGCCUCGAUCGCAUCCGGCGCUACGAGGGGGAGGACAUGUUGAAAGAGCGUGCCAAGAGCCAGGGCAUGAGCGUGCACGGCGCCACCUUCCCGCAGCAUCCGCCUGGCAGCUGCCACGGCAGUGGCAUGCCGGCCGUCGCGGUGGACCAACUGACCCUGCCGAGCGCCUACCGCUGCACGCCUGGCGAGGCCCAGGGCAGCGCCCACGGCACGGCUGCGGUGCCCGUCGCCGCACAGACUGGGGCCAGAACUGCGUGGAUGCCGUCGCAGCAUGCAAAGUGGCAGGGUGGUGGCGGCGGCGGCGGGUAUAACGUCAAUGCGAAUAAAAUUAGCGGUAGCUUUGGGGGCGGGUGUAGAAGUGGCGGCGCUGCUGCGGGCUUUGGCAUCCUGGAGCGGGCGAUGUCGACCGCGACGACGGCGGCUGCCGCCACCAGCUCCUGCAUUAGCAUUUACGCGAAGUCGUACCACUACGGGGGUGGGACGGGCCCCGGCAGGAACUUCUCCGCCUCACGGCACCAGCAGCACCGCUACCACCACGCACACUCGCAGCGAGUGGGGUCGGGGCAGGCGGAGGAGCUCGCCACCGCCACGGCGCACGGCAGUAGCGGCAACCACGCCGGCCAAAGCCGAAGCGGCAGCAGCAAGCACAACAACGCACUGCCCACUGAGAACGGCACGGGAUUCACCUCCAGCACCGCCACCGCCACCGCCACCGCCACCGCCUGGCGCGCGACGGGGCGGGGCAAAAGCAACACAAGCAGCAGCAGCGGCGGCCCGCCCACCUUCCCCGCCCAGCCGCGGCCGGGCGUCGAGCACCCCAAGGAGUCGGUCGCUGCACAGGGCGUAGGGAAGAAGCGGGCCAAGCCCGAGCACUACAAGGACUACCGCUAG